AUGUACUUCGGGAAGGUCGGUUCCAAGAGUAAGGAGGAUGCCCCUUAUGAGCUGGAGAGCCAGUUUGUCCUUAGGCUUCCUUCGGAGUAUGCCUCAACAGUAAGAAGGAUUGCACAGUCUAGCAGUAUGAACAUGAAGGACAGACUCACCAUUGAGUUGCACCCUGAUGGUCGUCAUGGCAUAGUUAGAGUAGACCGUGUUCCUUUGGCCUGCAAACUGGUUGAUCUCCCCUGCAUGAUUGAGUCACUCAAAACGGUGGACAAGAAGACGUUUUACAAGACCGCAGAUGUCUGCCAGAUGCUCGUGUGUACACUAGAUGGAGACCUUUAUCCCCCUUUGGAAGAGCCAACUGGCACUGACCCUAAGACCAAAAAGAAGGAUAAAGACAAGGACAAGAAAUUUGUUUGGAAUCACGGCAUCACCUGCCCUCUGAAGAACACGCGCAAGAGGAGAUUUCGGAAGACUGCGAAAAAAAAGGUUCUGACAUUUUUCAUUUUCCCUACAGCAAUCCCCUCCCGUGUCCCAUCCAUCUCCUUAGCAUCUCGUUUGAUGAUCCAUCUUUUUCCUAGGCUCUCUUCCAACAAGACAUUUACAUUUCAUAAAACAGGAACUAUGGUAAAAGUGAAAACUAAGAUUUACAUAUAAAUAAAGCCUUUCCAU